ACUGCAACCUCGCAGCUAGGAGGUAACCUGAUCAUGCCUCCCAAUCUCUUCUCAUCAAGCUCCAUUUGGCUACCUUGCUUGGUGUUGCUGGUGCUGUGGGCACGCCCAACCGCAGCGUUUGGUGCAGGCAACAUCGCUAGUCUGAGCAAAAUCGAGGGUCAGAAUUGGCGUCAUGGAGACAUCGAAGACACUCUUCUUACGCUGUUGAUCAGCUCCCAAACUGGCAAAAAGUUCUCCAAGAUGGAUGUCAAGAGAGUUUACUUUGGUAACUGGCUCCGUGAUUACUCUCAGGCCGUCGAUGUUGGCACCGUCAAGAUGGUAUCUGCCGAAGCUAUUCGAAUCUUACUGUGGGUUCUCGGUUUCCUGAGCUUCGGAUAUGGAACCAAGGAAUUCGAAGUUACUAGGGAGAGACUUGGUUGCUAUCUUCCCGAGGAACACAUUGAUAACCCCAAGGAUUACGCAGACAACAUCGAUGCACGACAAUACGACCGCCGUCUCCGAGGCCCGGUUGAUGAAGCCCGUGAGCUAAGCGUUGACGAGCGCACCGGCCUGAAGAACUAUAUUGCUUCGGAGGAUCUGGGUAUCACAACAUCAGCAGGCAUGGUCCGCGAUCUACUUCGCCGCUGCAUUGACUUGGGACAACGCUCCGGCGGUCAAGGCCCAGACUUUUAUGAGGCUCUGCGUCUGCUUGGAACUGCAACGCACUGUCUUGAGGAUUACUCUGCCCACUCAAACUAUACCGAGCUUGCUCUGAUUGAACUGGGUGAACGCGAUGUAUUUCCACACGUCGGCCAGAACGCCAUGUUCAACAUUGAAGGAGUUAGGGAGCCAAAGUAUCCUAUUGUCACCGGUACCUUCGGUGGUGUGGACUUUUUGCACUCAGUGUGCGGUGAGCUUUCUGACAAAAGCACACAAUCUGAACUACAGGAACUCGAGGGCGCUAUCAACGAUGCUGACCGAAAGGAGAACAAGAGCGCGAUCAAAGAUCUCUUGAGCCAGCUACCAGAUGGAAUCUUUGGAGGCAAAGAUCAGGCAGGCAAGGCAGAUGAGCUCGAGCAGAACGCUCAAGCCGCUCAAAUGGGCAAUAUGCGCAUCUCACCUAAAGAGCCCGAGGAGUUCACUCAACAGAUCGGCGACCUCGUCAAGCAGAUCUAUCCUAUCAUGGAAUUCCACGAUGAGAUUAUGCAGUCCAUUUCGGAGUUCAUUGAAAAGGUCCCCAUCCUCCCUGAGCUCAUUGAGCAGGUACAAGAUCAGAUCAGCAUUUUCGUGUUCAGUCUCUUGGCGCCGUUCGUUCUUCCCAUCCUUGACCAAGUCAAAACGGAGCUCGAGACCGGUUCCAGCGAAGUCAUCGCUAGCUCACGCGAGAAACAACACAUCGUCUUCAAUGAUGACAACUCCACCGACCCUACUCACAGCAUGCUCUCCAAGGAUCAUUUCAGCAACGUCCUGAAUGAGCCUGCGGGACGUGUCGCAUCCGCUACGAUUGCGUGGGCUGUCCCCCAGAUCGUUGCUUGCUGGGAUGGUCAAGCAGACCCAGAGCAGACAAUUGAUACAAUCAUUCGGGGUGUAUUCCAUCACCCUGCCCAACUCCAAUCAGGUAACAGAGAUUCUGACAGAGGGCGAUCUGUUAUGUUCAAUACUGUUCGUGAGUGGUGGGAAUCACAAGGCGGGGGAAGGCAACAAGAAUUGAGAGACCAGCUCAGUCGACAUGGAGUACAGAGCGGGAAGAACCACAAAGAAGGCCAGCAUGAUUCGGGACAUGGAUGCGGCAAGCCUAUCAAGAUGGCAAACAACGUUGGUAACAACCACAGUGGCAGCAAAAGUAGCGGGAACAAUCAGUUCGAUGACGUCAGCAACCAGGCUGGCAAACUUGCUAGCGAAGCUGUCGGGGGUGGUGCUCUGGGGAGCGUCGUUGGGGGGCUUGUAGGCGGACUUGGAGGCUCUCUGCUUGGAGGCGCUUUUGGUGGCGAUGACGAAAAGAAAAGCAAGAAAAGCGACAAGCAUUAUGAUGACGGUUCUUACACUCAGUCAUACUCCGAAUCAGGUCACCACAAGAAGAAGUCUCACGAUGACUCCGAGCGCUAUGGACAGGCACAAUAUAGUCAGACUCAGUACUCUGAUGGAGGGCGCCGUGAAGAUUAUUCUCGACAAGAACAGAAUGAAUACGGUUCCUCUGGUUACCAACAGCGUGUUGAGACGUCCAAUUAUAGCAGCUCGGGUGGCUACGAACGCAGGGAGGAAAGCCGCUAUGAGAGUCAGUCUCAGUGGCAAUCUGAUGAGCGUCGUGAAGGAGGUUACGACAGCCAUGGAGGACACUAUGAAAAGGAGAAGAAAAAGCACAGCAAGAAGUAUGGAUCUGGAGACGAAAGGUCCGAAGAUGAAGAUGACGAUAGGCGUCACCACAAAGAGAAGAAGGAGAAGAAGCACAAGAAUCAUGGCAGCGAGGAUGAAGGGUCUGAUGAGGAUCGUGACAGGCGUCGUCGCUCGAAAGAGCACAAGCGCAAGAGUCAAAGCCCGAAGCGACGCUCCGGUGACUACUCUUCAGGGGGCGGUUACGGAGGCGAGAGCCGCUACGAGCAGGAAAGCUCUGGAUAUGGCGGUCGUCAAGAAAGCUCUGGGUAUGGCGGAGACUCCUACAGCUCUGGUGGUGGUGGCGGUUAUGGCCGGCAAGAGAACUCUGGAUAUGGGCGUCAAGAAACUUCUGGAUACGGCGGUGAUUCUUACAGCUCUGGAGGUGGUGGUAGCUAUGGUCGUCAAGAAACCUCCGGAUACGGUGGGGAUUCUUAUAGCUCAGGCGGCGGCUAUGGACAAUCUCAGGGACGGUCUGACUACGGUGGUCGCCAGGAGCAGUCUGAUUAUGGGAACAGUCGUCGUGAUGAGGAUGAAUAUGGCGAACGCAGACAACAGUAUGGUGAAGGCAACAGCGGAUAUGGUGGGGGCUAUGGGGGUGAUGAGGGCUACGGCCGCAGGUACUAA